AUGAUUCCUAAGAAGAAUGAAAGUGUAUAUCGAGGAAAUACUGCUUACAAGAUGAAUAAUAAUAACAUGGAAGACAAGUUAAAUAAUGAUAAUAGUGAAGUUAUUCAUAAUGUAGGAAAUCAUGACGCACUCGUAGGCUCUAAUAAUACUUAUAUGUCCGAACCAAAGAAUGAUUGUAAUCCGUUUUCCACUCAUUCAUGUGAAAGAAAUUAUAAGGGUGAAAAUGUAUUAGCAGGAAAAAGUGAGAGGAAAAGCGAGUUAACAGGUGUAGAUGAAAAGACAAAGGUGAUAGUAGAUGUGCAUGGGAAUUAUUUAACAGCACAUUGUAAUCAUUAUAAUAAUUUUGAAAACAGAAAUAUUAAUAAUAAAGAUAUAUGUAAUGCUAGUAAUAUUGAAAAUAUAAAUAAAAAUGUAAAGAAUUAUGAAAAAAAUACGUAUGAUGUGUUAAACAAUAGUAUCAAUAUAAAUGAACAACAACCAAGUGCAAAAAUGGGGGAUAGUACAUAUACGUAUGGAUAUAAUAUGGAAAAUGUAAGAACGCAAAAUUUUUCAGAAGUAGGUGUAAAUAAUGAUAAUAUAGAUAUCAGUUCAAUGUAUCAUCAACGAAUGAAAAGUAACACUAAUAACGAAUUAAUAGUUAAUAGAAAAAACGAUUCAUUUAAUACCCUUUUUAAUAACACACCACAUAAUGUGGACUAUAAUAAAAAUAAUAAUUCGUUAAGUGAAAUAAAUGCUACUAGUUUUCGGAACAGUAAUAAUAUGUAUAGUGCCAAUAACUUACAUAAUAAAGGAAUAAAUAUGAUAAACUACUCCUUAACUGGAAGCAGUAAUGUUAACAUAGAGCAUGACAGGAAUAGCAUACCACUGUAUGACCAGAAUAACCAACAAAUGAAUACGUACAACGAAGGAGAAAAAAGCUAUUCCGAUUUUUGUACAAACGCGACUACAAGUAGUAAUGCGGUUAGUAAUACCGAUAGUAAUACAUUUAAUAGUGGAGUCAAUAACGUAGUUAACAAUACAUUCAACACAGUCAGUAAUGCAAACACCUUACUAGGUAAAGCAAAUAAUUUCAGUUACAAUACCAUGCAAAAUAAUUUAAAUUAUUUAAAAAGAGAAAUAGUAAAGAACGAGCAAAUUAAUGUGAAGUCAACUGAUAAUGGGUACUACCAAAUGUAUGGAAAUACCCAAAACAUUUCAAACCAUGUGCCUUCCUACUCUAUGCCCACGAAUAAUUUAAACGACCAGGUUGCUACUAAUAAAAGUAAUCAAAUGCAGUACAGUAUGAACAAUCAGGUGUAUAACACUAACCCUAGUAACUGGGAUCCGAAUAGUAAUAACAGUUUUAGUUACAACCAAGGUUUUAACUCGAGUAGUACAGUAUAUAGUGUUCAGAAUAAUGUGGCUCAUGGCAGCACAAACAAUCAAGCAAUAUCAAAUGCGAAUAAUACGCUUAAUUACUACAGAUAUAAUAAUCAAGAGAAUGGGAUUAGUGAGCAUACUGCCUAUAACUACCAGCAUAACAACACAAAUAGUGCAUUUAUAAAUAGACCAUUUACGAACGUUGAAUAUGGAUCCAAUACAAGAGAUAAGAAGGUAGAGGAUAGGGAGGAAAAGGAAGAAAAAGAAGCGAAUAAAAGUUGUUAUGGAAAAUCUAAUGAUGAAUCAUUAGAAAGUUCAAGUGAUGAAAAUUCAAGUGAUAAUGAAAAUUCUGUAACAGAUAAAGGGGAAGAAAUAUAUACAUUACUUAAAAAAACAUAUAACCGAAUAGAUAUAAAUAAGAUACCUAGACCUAUAAUUAAUUUUCAAGAUAAAAAAAGUAAGCGUAAUUUAAAAUUAUUUGAGACAUGUAAAUAUAUUUCUCCCCCGUCAUAUUAUCAACCGUAUAUAUCUAUUGAUACAGGGAAAGCUGAUCCACGUUUCGUUAAAAGUACAUUAUAUCAAAUCCCUUUAUUUUCUGAAACGUUAAAAUUAUCGAGAAUACCAUUUGGUAUUAUUGUGAAUCCUUUUGCAUGUUUAAAUGAAGGAGAAUAUAUCGACAAAAUUGAUAUGAAAGAUAUUGUAAAUGAUAAAGAAGAAAAUAUAGAAAUAUUGAGGUGUCCUAAAUGUUAUUGUUAUUUGCAUGCAACUAUAUUAGAAGAUAUAUCAAAAUCAUUACAGUGUGUUUUUUGUGAUACCAAAUUUUUAAUUAAUGAAAAUGUAUUAUUCGAUAUAUAUCAAUAUAAUGAAAAAAUAAAUAAUCGAGAAAAUGAAAAUAAUGGAGGUAUAUCUCCUUUGUUGAAAGGAAGUGUAGAUAUUAUCAUCCCACCUACCUAUUAUUAUAAUAAUAUUAAUAAUUUAAAGCUAACUUAUACAUACAUAAAUAAAAAUAUGAAUCAAACAGCUUCUAUGAUAACAAAUAAAAUAAUGUCCAUAACAAAGCAAAUAUCGAAUACAUUGGUCCCAUCAGAUGCAAAGGGUUGUAAUAAACAAACAGUAGAUCUGUAUGGUCAUCCGAGUGAUGUUAAUAAUAAUAUGGAUAAAAUUUCAGGGGUUGUAUUAAAUAAUUAUUCGGAUAACUUACCUUCACAAAGUAAUGAUCGAAUGAUGCUUAGUUUUAACUUUAGUUUGAAUGAACUAAAAAAUAUAAUCCUUGAAAAGAAAGGAGAACCAGAUGAAUAUAAAUUAAAAAGAAAUGCUAUUUUAUUAAAAUACCCCCAAAUCAAAAAUACAUUGCCUCCAUAUUUUGUUUUCGUUGUUGAGUGCUCAUAUAAUGCUAUAUAUAGUAACAUUACAUAUACAGUCUUGGAGGGAAUUAGGUACGCAGUACAAAAUGUGAAAUGUAACAAAACGAAGAUAGCAAUUAUCACGUUCAACAGCUCUAUACAUUUUUACAACUGCAAGAGGGGAGGUAAUGGCAACUCUGCUACCAAUUGUGUAAAUACAAAUUGUGCUACUUCCGCUGCUUAUGGUACUACCAAUGACAUUGUCACUGAUAGUACUUCGAAUAUCAACAGCAGCAGUCAAGUGAUAAUGAUGAGUGAUGUAGAUGAUCCCUUUCUUCCACUACCCCUAGAUGAUUUAUUUUUCGGGUGCGUAGAUGAAUUGGAUAAAAUUAAUAAUUUGAUAGAUACUAUUAAGUAUGUUACUACGACCAUGCAGUCGUACGGAUCAUGCGGAAAUAGUGCUCUUAAGGUUGCAGUUGAUAUAUUGAAAGAAAGACAUGGGUUGGGAAGUAUUUGCAUGUUUUAUACUAGUACCCCUAAUUGUGGUAUAGGAGCAAUUAAAGAAUUAAAAAAAGAUAUAAAUGAUAAUUUUUUAGAAGUAAAACAAAAGAUAUUUUAUGAUGCGUUAUUAUUAGAUUUAUAUUCAUAUAAUAUUAGUGUUGAUAUAUUUAUAAUUUCAUCGAAUAAAGUACGUGUUUGUGUACCCUCCUUACAAUAUGUAGCACAAAAUACAGGAGGCAAAAUUUUAUUUCUUGACAAUUUUGUAUGGCAAAAAGAUUAUAAAGAAUUAUAUAUGAAUAUAAGAGAUACUUUAACAUCAGAAGAUAUAGCGUACUGUUGUGAGUUAAAAUUAAGAUAUUCACAAAAUAUGUCAGUUAAAAAAUUAUUUUGUUGUAAUAAUAAUUUUAAUUCAAUAAUUAGUGUUGAUACUAUUAAAAUUCCUAAAAUUCGGCAUGACCAGACUUUUGCUUUUUUAUUGAGCUAUUCAGAUAUAUCAGAAACAAAGAAACAAGUAUAUAUUCAGUGCGCAUGUAUAUACACCAAUUUAAAUGGAGAUCGUUAUGUUCGUUUACAUACAACACACAUGAACUUAACAACUUCUUUAAGUACAGUUUUUAGAUACACUGAUGCAGAAGCCCUAAUGAAUAUAUUAAUUAAACAGUUAUGUACGAAUAUUUUACACAACGAUAAUUAUUCGAAAAUUAUAAUAGAUAGUUUGGCCGCCAUUCUGUUUUCCUAUAGGGUGAAUGUACUACUCAACACGCCUAAGAGAGCGGACUGUGCAAUAUAUGCAAAUAAAUAUAUUUGUGCAUUAUGCGCUUCCUCGGCCCACUCAGGACAACUCAUAUUACCGGACACGCUAAAAUUACUACCCCUUUUUACCUCAUCCUUACUAAAACACAAUGUUGUAAAAAAGGAUAUUCUGCACGAUAUAAAAGUCUACAGCUUAAUAAAACUUUUGUCCAUGCCUAUAAUAUCAUCCCUUCUUUAUGUGUAUCCAAUAACAUACUUAAUUCAUAUUAAGGGAAAGACAAAUGAAAUUGAUACAAUGAAUAUAGAUGAUGAGUUAUUUAUUCCUAGAACCAUACCAUCUAGUGCAGAAAAAAUUUAUUCCAAUGGAAUAUAUUUGCUUGAUUCUUGUACGCAUUUUUAUCUUUAUUUUGGUUUUCACGCAGAUUCAGAUUUUACCAUUGAUAUUGUGGGGGAAAUUCCAACAGAACAAAAUUGCCUCGAACUAAAUUUGACUGACAACAUUAAUGCAAAAAAAAUCCAACGCAUUAUCAUGAACCUAACCAGAAUUCAUCACUUCAAUAAAUACGUUCCCUUAGUGGUAGUUCCACCCAAGUCUAGCAAUGAACAUCACAUCAUGUCCUUGUGUGUUGAAGAUAAGGUCGAUAAAGAAUAUAGCUAUGUAAAUUUUUUGUGUUUUAUUCAUAAACUUGUUCAUAAAAAAAUUGAUGAGUCGUAG